AGGCCAAGAAGACCCAUAUUUGAGACACUCUGCCAGGCUUAAGAAAGUUUCAAAGGAUGCAAUUGAAAAUGUUGAAUAUGUUCGACAUAUGACCACAUUGAGGCAAACUAGAAAUUCAUCCCAAAGAUCAAGUAUAGAUGGCUCUGGGGACUCUCCACCAAUGAAAGAAGAUGAAGUGGUAAAAGAAGAGAAUUCAAAGAAGAACUCUGGAAAGGAAACUUCUGUGAAAGAAGCCCCAAUGAAAAAAGAAAUUAAAGAAAAGAAUAAGAAGUCCAAGUCAAAAUCAGAUAAACAAACUCCAAGUCCAAGUGUUAAAUCGGCUCCCCCAACUACACCUCCCCACUCUGCUAUUCCUUCAUCAGUGACUUCGAGCCGCUCGGGAACACCAACGAUGGAUGAACCAAUGGACACAUCAGCUGUUAAGCUUGUUCCUGUAGAUGAACCUACAAAGGAGAAACCAGUGGAGGAAUCUGGUCCACAUUCCCUUGAUUACUCAAAGCCUCUCCCCCCUGAGAUGUCACAAGAGUUGAUCAUUGACAGUACACCAUAUCAACUUAUCCUAGGCGGCCCUCCACGGGAAAUCAAAUUUGGCAGUCGAAUGCUGAAAGUUGAAGCAGAUGCUGAAAACAGAGAGAUUCUGAUUGACGGGAGUUGUUACUAUAGACUGGGAGAUCCAAUCAGAGAGGUGUCGAUUGGUGGCCAGAAAUAUGAAAUAUUUUUCCAUGGGCCGCUUCGAACAGUGUGGCUUGAUGGGAGACCAUUGACAAUUCGCUUAGAUGCUCCACCCCAAAAGACAAUGAUUGGCGAUGCAAUGAAAGAAAUCAGAGUUGACGGAAAAAGUGGUUUCAUUGUAAUAGAUGGUUUGAGCAUCGGAAAGUUUGGAGGUCCACCUCGUGAAGUAAUGAUAUCACUCCAAAGACACGAGCUUCGCUUUAUUCCCCCUCCUCAGAAUAUUAUUAUUGACGGCAAAGAAUGUGUGCUGAAGUUAGACAGUGGCACACCCAUGUGCAAAAUUGACGGAAAGACUCAUGGGAUAUGUUUUGAAGGUGGUUGCCGUGACAUCAUCAUAGAUGACGAGCCAUACUCUGUCCCUUUAUCCCUUCCCCCUAAGAAGGUGAAAAUUUCUCGUCGUCCUCGAUUGGUUGGAUUUGGUGGACCCGGAAAAGAGGUUUUUAUAGAUGGGAGGUAUUAUGAAUGCCAGUUCGGGGCACCAGAAAGAGAGAUUCUGCUUGGAGGUAGAAUUCACCAAUUAAGACUGGAAAGCCCACCACCACAAGUGAAAAUCUUAGAUGAAGGAAUCACAGUGGAAGACUGGCACAAGCAAAACAAGGAACGACAGGACCUAGAAGAAGAGACUGAAAAGCAACGGUUAAAAGAACAAAAGGAGAAGGAAGCUUUAGAAAAUAAAGCUGAUGAAAUCGAAGCUUUGGAAAGACAAGCAGCUAGAAUUGAAGCUGAAGAAAAAGCUGAACUGGAGAAGCAAAAGAAAAGACAGGCUGAGAAAGAACGGGCUGAAAAAGAACAGGCUGAGAAAGAACGGGCUGAAAAAGAACAGGCUGAGAAAGAAAAGACUGAGAAAGAACAGGCUGAGAAAGAGCAGACUAGGAAACAACAGGCUGAAAAAGAACAGGAUAAGAAAAAACAGGCUGAGAAGGCUAUCAAUAAUAAACCCAGUGAACUUGAUCAGUCAAAAGAUAAAAAACCUGAGGAGAGUGAGAAGAAGGUUGCUGCUGAUGAAAAUGGUGCAAAGGUUAUUGAUAAAACAGCAACGAAAAAUGAUAAGGAUCAGAGACGAUCAAAGGAGAAGGAACUUCGCAACCAAGAAAGAGAUCAAAGAAGUCAACGUAGAGAAAGGAGAGAUCGAAAACGAGAUGGUGAUGAUCAAACAGGUGAUCAAAGAAGUGAUCCUAGAGAUGAUAGAAGAGCUGAUCGAAGAGAUGAUCGAAGAGGUGAUCCUUGGGAUGAUCGAAGGGGUGAUCCUUGGGAUGAUCGAAGGGGUGAUCCUAGGGAUGAUCGAAGAGGUGACCCUAGAGAUGAUCGAAGGGGUGAUCCAAGGGAUGAUAGAAGGGAAGAUCGAAGAGGGGAUCGAAUGGGUGAUCCUAGGGAUGAUCGAAGGGGCGAUAGAAGAGGCAUUCGAGAUGAUGACGAGGAAAGGAUGAGAUUAAGAGACUUUAAAAUCCCAAGACGUGAUGGUCCAGAUUUCCAAGGAGGCAUGCCUCAAGAUCAUGGGCCUCGUGGUCCUGGUUUCCAAGGUCCCCCUAAUCAAGGUCCACCUAGAGGCAACAUACCAAGCAUAUUUGAUCUUCCUGAUAUUCCCCCUGAUAGAAUGAGGGGGCAGCCACCUGGACCACCAAGACCUGGCAUGCAACCGAGACCUGGUAUGCAUGGACCUGGAGGGCCUCGAAUGGGACCUGGUGGAAUGAACAGACCCAUGGGACCAGGGGGACCAAGAGGACCUAUGAUGGGACCUGGUGGGCCAAGGCACAUGGGUAUGAGACCGCAAGGUUUCAUGCAUAACCAAGGACCAAUGGGACCUCCAAAUCGGCCAUUUGGUAGAAUGCAAGGGCCAAAUAUGGGACAACAAGAUCAACAUAUGGGUGGACCUCCACAGAUGGCGCCACAGAAUCCAAUUAGUCAAAUUGAUGUCAAUGAUCUUUUCUCCAAACUUCUCGGUGCUGGUAUAAUCACUAAACAGGAGAAGACAGAAGAGAUUUCAGGAGCCCUGCCACUUCCCGGGGGUCAACCAGGACUCCUACCCCCUGGAGGACAAGUGCCACCUGUUCAACAACCUCCAAUGGGGAUGCCACGCCCUGGCCUACACCCCCAACAACCUGGGGAUCAUCCUGGAAUGAGACCCCCAUCUCAACAGGUCCCCAAUGUCAGGGAUAUGCCUCCCCCAGUGAAACAACUCCCUGAUCUGAUGUCCUUCAAUAUCAAUCUUUUGAGGCAGAAGUUUGAACUUGCGUAUGAGAACUUAUAUAUUGGGAUCCAGUGCACAUCAUGUGGUCAACGUUUCACAAUGUCACAGACGGAAGCUUACGCUGAGCAUCUAGACUGGCAUUUCAGGCAAAACAAGAUCAAAAAGGAUGCAUUGAAAGUUGCCAAGAACAGAUCAUGGUACUAUGAUACAGAUGACUGGGGGAAAUACACUGAGAUUGGGGAUGCUGAGGAGAGAGCGAGGAGUAAUGUAUUCGCUAAGAAUUCGACAGCCAAUCAGGAUCCUUCCUCAUUAAUGGCAGCCCCUGUCACAAACACUGAUGAAAUCAUAUAUGAACCAAUGGCCCUGGCGAAUAAAAAAGACAAUAUGUGUCGUAGUUGUCACGGUAUAUUUGAGCAAUAUUUUGACGAUGAUGAAGAAAUUUGGCGCCUGCGGGGUGGAAUGAGAAUUAACGGGAAAACAUACCACCCAGUUUGUUACGAAGAUGCCAAAGGGAAUGUCUCAGUAGAGCCUACCCCUACCCCCACCACGGCCCCAACCAGUGACCCUAUGGCUUUACUCAACACAAUUGCUCAGAAAGCAGGUGUUAAUCUACAACUAGGGGGUGUAACCACACCGACAGAACAGCCUACUGUGAAUCCACUUCAGGGGGGUGUGACUACAAAAAUUGAAAAUCCGGUUAUAAGUGCUAUAAAAUCAGAGGUGCCAGAUAUAAAAACUGAAAUCGAUGGAUUUGCGACGCCUACGCAUGAUGAACCCGGGUCAAUGACACCAACUCAAGAUGAGCCAAUCAUAGAGCCUGGUUCAACCACACCCACCCAGGAUGAACCACCUAUAGCACCAGUUAUUGUAGAGAAGAACAUUAAGGUGGAAGUUAAAGAUGCAGUAUUGAAUAAAAUCUAAACAAUAUAUGAACUUUUCAGGGGAUUAUCCACCAGGAUCCAAAGCAAAUUAAUGGCAAGAAAAACUGAAACCAAAGAGGAUAUUCUACUGCUUAAAGUCCUGAAGAUAAACAUGUCUAGGCCAGUACAUGUAUCGACUUAAAAUGGCAUAACAUGGUACAUAUAUAUAAAGGUAUAACCAAAUAUGGGCAGAGGUUGCAAUAGGAUGAACUAUAAAGAAUAAUCGACUGUUGGAGAUGUGACAAAAAUAUAUAUGUUUAUGUGCAUAUUUA